UGUCGCCCCAGAAUCAAACCCAUUUUUCCGGCGAUUCCUUUCAUUUUCACUUGACGUUCUUCUCACUUUCCAUUCCCCCACCUCUACAUAGCCUGAUCUCUGUCUCUUUGUCUAAAAUGGGUUGAUAUCUUUGUGGGUUUUCAGCAACUUGGGUGCACUCCUAUCCUCACCUCAAUUUAGAAACCACUUGGGGAAACAAGAAGAAGAAGAACACAAUGAUCAGCUUGGGAGACCUGUACCAUGUCCUGACAGCCGUUGUCCCUCUCUAUGUGGCCAUGGUGUUGGCCUAUGGGUCAGUCAAGUGGUGGAAGAUCUUCAGCCCCGACCAAUGUUCCGGCAUCAACCGGUUUGUGGCCCUCUUCGCCGUUCCUCUGCUCUCCUUCCACUUCAUCUCCACCAACAACCCAUACGCCAUGAACUACAGGUUCAUAGCAGCAGACACUCUUCAGAAGCUCAUUGUCUUGGGAGUCCUAGCCAUAUGGUCAAGAAGCAGCUCCAGUGGCUCUCUCGAAUGGUCCAUCACUCUCUUCUCCCUUUCUACUCUCCCCAACACUCUGGUUAUGGGCAUACCUUUGCUUAAGGGCAUGUAUGGUGACUCCUCAGGGACCUUGAUGGUCCAGAUUGUUGUCCUCCAGUGCAUCGUUUGGUACACUCUCAUGCUCUUCUUGUUCGAGUACAGAGGAGCUAGGCUCUUGAUCGGUGAGCAGUUCCCGGACACUGCUGCAUCCAUCGUUUCCUUUCGGGUUGAUUCAGACAUUGUUUCUCUGGAUGGGAAAGAGCCAUUACAGACAGAAGCCCAGGUCGGAGAAGAUGGGAAACUCCAUGUCACUGUCAGAAAAUCAGCCAGCUCUCGCUCUGAAAUCUUCUCCAAGCCAUCCCCAAGGCUCUCCAACUUGACGAAUGCUGAAAUCUACAGCCUUCAGUCUUCCAGAAACCCAACUCCCAGGGGUUCCAAUUUCAGUCAUACUGAUUUCUAUGCAAUGAUGAAUGGGAAGAACAUGAGUAAUGUGAGUCCAAGGCUGUCGAAUUACGGCUUGGAUGAAGAGGCCGGCAUGAGACCACCACCAAGUUCCAUGCAGGGUUAUCCAACGCCUCCCAGCGGAAUAUUCUCUCCUGCUGCCAAGAUAAAACCUGAUGCCGCCGGUAAGGAUCUUCAUAUGUUUGUUUGGAGCUCAAGUGCUUCUCCGGUCUCAGAGAAAGGCAUUCAUGUUUUCAGAGGUGGAGUUGCUCACCAGAAAGAUCAAGAUCAGUUUGGACGAGAUGAGUUCAGCUUCGAUAACAGAGCAACUACUAAUGGGAUUGAUCGGGAGGGUCCGGUGCUUUCCAAGUUGGGUUCGAACUCUUCCACCACUGAACUCCACCCAAAGAACUGUCAUGUUGACUCAAAGGCCACAGCAAUGCCACCAGCUAGUGUUAUGACCCGUCUCAUUCUGAUUAUGGUGUGGAGGAAACUCAUUAGGAACCCAAACACUUACUCCAGCCUUGUUGGCCUCACCUGGUCUUUAGUCUCAUAUAAGUGGAACAUUGUUAUGCCUGCAAUUAUAGCUCGUUCAAUAGCCAUUCUUUCCGAUGCAGGUCUUGGAAUGGCCAUGUUUAGUCUUGGUUUGUUCAUGGCAUUACAACCAAGAAUGAUUGCAUGUGGAAACAGAAUUGCAAGCUUUGCCAUGGCAGUUCGGUUUCUUGCCGGUCCUGCUGUCAUGGCAGCAGCCUCACUUGCUGUGGGACUGCGAGGCGUUCUGCUACACAUUGCAAUUGUGCAGGCGGCUCUUCCACAAGGGAUUGUGCCCUUUGUGUUUGCCAAGGAAUACAAUGUUCAUCCUAACAUACUGAGCACUGGGGUUAUCUUUGGGAUGCUAAUUGCUCUUCCUAUCACAUUGGUUUACUACAUCCUUCUAGGUCUCUGAAUCUCACCACUGCAUUUGUUAGCCUAACAAUAGUAGUUAGUUGAAUUUAAGGAAGCUCCUAGUUCGUUGGUUGUCACCCUUUUGGUACUGGAGUUUUGCUGCUAACAGAGGAAGGUAGAGAGAAAUAUUAAUCCAUAUUUGAGGCUGUUGUAUUUUGGGGCUAUCAUGUAACUCUGUUGCCUUUCAUUCAUCUAUGAACUAUUUAUGCCUUGGCUUU